AUGUCGACAGCUCACCUCUUCAACUCCGCCGACGGCCUCGUCGUCAAGGCCCUGCGCGGCCUCGUCGCCUACAACCCCAACCUCGCCCUCGAUGCCGACCUCCGCGUCGUCUACGACACCGCCUACGACCGCUCCAAGGUGGCCAUCAUCUCCGGCGGCGGCUCCGGCCACGAGCCCGCCUGGGCCGGCUAUGUCGGCACCAACAUGCUGGCCGCCGCCGCGUGCGGCGACAUCUUCGCGUCGCCCUCCACCCGGCAGAUCCUGUCGGCCGUCAACCGCGUGCCCUCCGACGCCGGCACCAUCCUCGUCAUCACCAACUACACGGGCGACUGUCUGCACUUUGGCCUGGCCGCCGAAAAGGCCAACGCGUCAGGGCAGCACACGUGCCGCAUGAUUGUCUGCGGCGACGACGUGUCCGUGGGCCGCGGCGGCGGGCGCCUGGUGGGCCGGCGCGGGCUGGCGGGCCAGAUUGCCGUCCUCAAGAUUAUGGGCGCCGCCUCCGCCACGGCCGCGCACGCGAGCCUCGACGACGUGUACGGGCUGGGCCAGGCGGUGGCCAAGCAGCUCGUGAGCAUCGCGGCGACGCUCGACCACUGCCACGUGCCGGGCCGCACGGAGCACGGCGCGCUGGCGGCCGACGAGAUCGAGAUCGGCACCGGCCCGCACAACGAGCCAGGCUACCGCACGCUGCAGCCGGCGCCGUCGGCCGAGGACCUCGUCGCCAACUUGCUCAGGCACUGCCUGGACGAGACAGACGCCGAGCGCGCGUACGUGCACUUUGCCACGGCGACCGAGGAGGGCACGACAAGCGACGAGGUCGUGCUGCUGGUCAGCAACUUUGGCGGCAUGUCGCAGCUUGAGCUCAGCGCCCUCGUCGACGAGCUGCUCGUGCAGCUGCAGCGCGACUGGGCCAUUGUGCCCGUGCGCGUCUACGCCGGCAGCCUCGAGACGUCGCUCAACGCGCCCGCCUUUUCCGUCUCGCUGCUCAACCUGACGGCCGCCGCCGCCGACCCCCAGAACCCGUACAGCGUCGACGCGCUCAAGAGCUUCUUGGACACCCGCACGAGCACCUACUGGGAGUCGUUUGCCGGCGCCCAGGCCCAGCGCCGGCCGCGUGCCGAGCAGUUUGUCCCGUCGCUCGAUGACGACGAACACAAGGAAAGCAGCACAGUCCACGGCGGCGGCGGCGACCUGCCCGUCGAUGCCGCGCGUCUGGAGCGGGCACUGCGGCGCGCGUGCCGCGAUCUCGCCGCCGCCGAGCCCGACCUGACGCGCUGGGACACGGUCAUGGGCGACGGCGACUGCGGCGAGACGCUCAAGACGGGUGCGCUGGCGCUCCUGGCAGCCGUGGACGGUGUCGACGGCGCCGCGCCGCUCGCCCAGGCCGGCUCGUCCGUGGCCGUGCUGCGCGCGCUCGAGCACAUUGUCGAGACAAAGAUGGGCGGCACGCUCGGCGGCAUCCUGGGCAUUUUCCUGGUGUCGCUGUGUGCCGCCGUCGAGAAGGCCGCCAGCGACAGCGUCAAGGACACCGAGGUCUGGGGCCACGCGCUGACGACGGCCAUCGACCACCUCGGCCACUACACCCCCGCCAAGGUCGGCGACCGCACCGUCAUGGACACGCUGAUCCCCUUUGCCCAGACCAUUGGCCAGGGCGGCUUCGCGGCAGGCGUGGCGGCUGCCGAGAAGGGCGCCGAGAGCACGCGCAAGCUGACGCCCAAGCUGGGACGCGCGACGUAUGUCGGCGCAGGCAAGGACGCCAGCAGCGAUCUGCCGCCGGACCCGGGCGCAUGGGGCAUCAUGGUGGCCAUCAAGGGGCUGUAUGACGGGUGGCAAGGCGAGGCGUGA